UUUUGAUUGUUUUUGUCAUCAUAUUUUUGGCGGGAGUUUUCCUUUUUUCCUAGCUUUUCUUUGCCUAUUUGUGGUAUGACAUGUUCUCACUCAAGGCUGCGCGGGACAUCCACCACGCCAUCCACUCGAAUGCCGUGAGCGUCAACGUAUCUAUCGCUGGAGGCCCCGAGCAGACCUUCCGGGUCGAGUCGACGGCGUCGCAGCAUGUGCGCUUUGUGAAUGCGGGCGGGAUCAAGUUCAUGGCCCAAAACACGUCAAAAAAGUCUGCCUACGCCCAGCGCGCACUCCAAGGCGAGCGACUGACGUGGAUUCUCGCUGGUGCCGGCUUCCACUCGUGGGGGCUUCUGGCGCAGGCAAAGCGAUCCGGGCUGGGUGGCGCAGAUGGCCCAGUACGCGUCGAAAAGAAGUGCAGCGUCAUCCGCAGCGACGGUCCCGACGAUGGCAAGGCGCUGCCUGCUGCUGGAGCUGCUAGCAGUGACACAGAGGAGGACGAGCCUGUCGUCCAUUCAUCCCGUGGCAUGUCCAUGGUCGACGAGAUUGGCGUCAAGGCAGAGGAGGAUCCGGAUGUCGGUUCUUCCACGACGAAUGGAGCUAGCACCGCUGCCGCUGUGGGUCGUGUCCCUCGUCGCCGUAGCGGAUUGACACCAUCGCCAGCUGGCUCUCGAAAGAGUCGCCAACGCUCUGCCAGUCAGCACGGUGACGGUGGCGACGACGACGACGACGAGGCGUACAAUGCAACGCUGGAUGGUUUCAACUCGGACGAGGACGACUCGAUCCCGCGCCGAAGAACGAUGACUCGCCAGUCAACAGCACGGCGACGGUUGACAUCUGCUGGGUCGUCUUCUUUGGGCGAUUCCGACAAAGCAGGCGCUGCUGGAGACCAUUCGCACAGCUCAUCGCGUUUGCAGCCCGCGGCUCGCGGCAAGCGACCGGCAGUCGAUGCAGAUCGCGUUGACUGGAAUUCGCCGCAUCCUUACGCAGCCUAUGACCUCGUACCAGAGCGCGGCAUCGAUUUUCAGCAAAGCAAGCGCAGUCGCUCCGACGAUGUUCCGCCCGCAACUUCUGCCAAUGCCGCAAAUCCCGUCGGCCUUCUUCGCAGCAGUAUCAAGCCAGCUAGCCCAGCUCGUUCACUGUCUUCGAGCUCACCCUCUCCGGGCCCCUCAAUACCAAAUCACGGACUUCGCGAAAUAUUUGCAAGCGACAAUCGUCCUGUUUGUACCUAUCAUCCUCAUUGCUACCGAAAGAAUGUGGAGCACUUGAAGCAGUUUGCUCAUCCGCCAGGCAUUGGCGGAUCUCCGGUCAAGGCUGCCGACCCGCCACAAGAAGAAAACGAACCCGAAGAGUCUGAUGCCAACUCUGCCACUGCCGCCGCGCUAUUUGACAAGCAGUGGCAGAUUGAUUACCGGUACAUCAAGUUUUUGGAGCAGCUUGGCGUCGGAAGCUUUGGCCAAGUGCGCAAAGGAAUAUUGCAAGAUCGCACGGUUGCAGUCAAGCUGCUUCACGAUCAGCACCCAAACCGAGAAGUCCGGGACCAGUUCUUCCAAGAAGCUCAAACACUGCAAAAACUGAGGCACCCGAAUAUCGUCGAAUGGCUUGGCAUCUGCUGUGACGGGCUUCUGUGCAUCGUGAUGGAGUUUGUGCCAUCCUCACUACAACAAGCCCUGAAGUCUGGCCCAAUCGCCGAGACGGAAUACUUUUCAAUAGCUCACGACAUUGCCUCUGGGCUGCUGUAUUUGCACAACCUGCAGCCGCCCAUUAUUCAUCGCGAUAUCAAGCCAGCCAACAUUUUGCUUGAUCAGGCAGGUCGAGCUAAAAUUGCCGACUUUGGCAUUUCGCGCGAAGACAAGUCUUCUACAAUGACCAGAAUCGGUACACCAUCCUUCAUGGCCCCAGAAAUCGCCAUGUCUCAGAAAUACAACACCAGCGUGGACGUGUAUUCAUUUGGGCUGUUGUUGUGGUCCAUGUUGACUGCCCAGACCCCGUUCGCAGAUCUCAACCUGAACGGCUUGCAGCUGCUCAUGCUGAUUUGCUCGCAGCGCAAGAGGCCCACUUUCCCACCAUUGGUGCACUCGUCGCUGCAAGGAUUGAUUGCGAGAUGCUGGGAUCAUACACCGUCCAAUCGUCCAUCAACGCAAGAACUCUGCUCGAUUCUCUUGAAUUUCAAGAAAAGUGGCAUUUCGCCAAUCGACCCUUCUACUGGCCAGGCAACCGUUGCUCUGACCGCAACGGUUGCCUUUUCUAGCGCGGUACCGUCUAUGGAAGCCGUCUCUUCAGUACCAGUCAAGCACCCGCGGCCCAUCGCUGAGCCCGAGUUUGUUGCACCGCUGCCCGUUGUGGUGCCAAUGUCGGUGAAUCGGAGCGUUGCUUCUCCUGCGGUAGUAGCAGUAGCUGCAGCAGCGGCUGUCGACUCGGACAGCGGUCAAACCCUCGCCGUCAGUCUGUCUCAAGGUGACGAUUCCAAUGAAAACGAUGGCGCUGCCGUAUCUAAUAUGGUGCUCGUGUAGAAAAAGUCAAACAAGCGAAUUUAUACGGUACAUGCUCGUUUUGCAUUUUCACGAGUCUUUGUG